AUGGCGGUCUGGGGCAAAGGUGGCAAGGUUAUCGAGAUUCCUUUUGCAGUUGGAGCGGCAAGCCUCGAUACCUAUCCAAAACCUGGGGACCACGAUGGAGCCAUUGUGGCAUACCUAGCAAAGGAUAAAUUUAGAAAAGAGGAUGGGAAUGACAUGGCUGCUGAUGUGAGGAGAGGAGUAAAGAAGACAAAGAGGUUGCUGUUAGAAGGUGGGAAGGGGAAGAAACAUGUUUUGCAUAAGAAGUCUGCUGUUUAUGUUCCUCCUGGAUACAAUGCCUUGAGAACAACAUUUUUGCAAAGAGAAAGAGCUCAUGUUGAAAGACUUUUGAAACCAAUUAAGGACUUUUGGCUUGAAAAUGGUGUAAGUAUAGUUUCUAAUGGAUGGUCAGAUCCACAAAGGAGGCCUCUUAUUAAUAUUAUGGCUGUAUUAGAUGGGGGUCCAGUGUUUAUAAAGGCAAUUGAUGGGUUAGGUGAGUUCAAAGACAAACAUUAUAUUGCUGGGGUGUUGAAGGAUGCUAUAAAAGAUAUUGGACAUGAAAAAGUUGUCCAAGUCAUCAUUGAUAAUGUUAGUGUGAUGAAGUCUACUGGAGCUCUUAUUGAAAGUGAGUGUCCUAAAAUAUUUUGGACACUCUGUGUUGUCCACACUCUCAAUCUAGCUUUGAAGAAUAUUUGUGAAGCAAAAAACACUGAAAAGAAUGAAGUUUCAUAUGAGGAAUGUAAUUGGAUUACACGUAUUGCUGAUGAUGCAUCCUUCAUACAUGUUUUUAUCAUGAACCAUUCAAUGAGGGAAGAUGAUGUUGGAAAAGCUCAAAAGGUGAAAGAUAUGAUUCUAAGUGAUUGUUGGUGGGAUACUGUUGAUUAUAUCCUUGAAUUCACAGCACCUAUUUAUGAUAUGCUACGAGUAGCCGACACAGAUAAUCCUUGUCUUCAUCUUGUGCGCAAUGAGGAGUAUGUAAAUACAACAACAAAGAUGUGGGAUAUUGCAGGAGAUUUUUGGAAUGAGAGCAACAUACAUGGAGGAGUUGGAAUUCUUGAGAAUGCUGCUUUUACACUUGAUGAACUAGAGUUGGAGGCCAUGGUUAUUGGGAAUGUUAGCACUAGUGUUACUACUAGUGAAAGUGAAGUUCGAAGUGAAGCUAUUAAUCUUGAAGAUGAUGAUGGUUGUAUUUGA